UCUGCCAUCUUUUACUCAUGAUUAAUUGAUUGUUACAUCCGUCAUAAUGAGUUCAUCUGAUUUACAUACCGUUGUCAUCAGGAACAAAGGUAACCAGCCGUCAUUGAAGCGAUUUGAAGUACGUGCUCCAGAGAGGAGGAACGAAACAUGUGCAAGACAGAGUUUCAUACUACAGCUGAGAAAGAAAGUCAAAAUGCGUAAGAAAAAGCACCAUACAAAGAAGUGGUUUGGUAAAGGCAUAAAAAUCGAGGUGUUAAGGGACCUGUUAGAGAAUAAAAACAAUAUGCUAGAAGCAUAUGUAAGACAACUCCUGGAAAACGACAUUCGUUUCAAUGAAAUUGACCUCAUUCAAAACCAGCUGCAGUUCGAAGUGUUGAUGAAGGACGAGACAGACAUUGGCUUUACAGUGAACACUUGUCUGACACCGCUCAGUGCCUGGUCAGUUGAUAGUUCCAAUCCCACUACAGCUUAUUUUAACAGUGUAGAUAUAGAUGAAAUAUCAGUUGGUCAAGGAUACUUGUUUUUUGAUCAAGUCUUUAUCACAGAGAAUCAGAAACACUGUAACAAAGAAAGUGCAUUGGAUCCAAAAAGCACUGAUAAGGACAGUGACCCAGUGAUAGGUGAUGAACAGGUUAAGGACGUCCAGGAAAGGCUGGAUGACAAAGGUGAAGAAAAAGAUGAAUCCAAAGCAAAAUUUACAGCUGGAAUAUUCAAAUUUGAAAGGUCAAGUACAAGACAUAGUGGAUUUGAAACUGUAAAAUCGCCUAGUGAGGAAAAGCUGUUGUGUGAUAUGAGCUUGAAUGCCUUAAAAGAACCUGUUACCCUGGCAAUAGAUACAAAAUCUAAUGAGGAAAGUGGAUUGGACGAUUCAAAAGUUACUGAUAUACAGGACUUGUUGGACCAGGAAAGGUUUGAUGUAAAUAGUGCAGAUAAAGAUAGAUCUGAGGACAUAUAUAGCACUGGAGGACUCGGGGGUUCCAGUUCUGGUACAGAAAAAACAUUUAGACAUGCUAGAACAGACUACGGAAGACGGGGUAUUACAGACCAAGUGAGAGAAUUUAGUAGCAUCAACUCAAUCAGUGAUUCAGUAGAAAAUGAUGCUGAUAUCAAAAGAGAAUUUAGCGAAAGACAAGCGACAUCAAAAUCAGUGAUGGAUGGAUCUACUGAAAAUAAGCUUGUCCCUGAGAUAACUGACACAUUCAAUAGAGAAGACCACGUAAUAGAUGGUGAUGUUCAGGACCAGGAAGCUGUUACAGAAAUGUUAUUCAGGAAUAUGGCUGCUAUAUUGAUGGGCCAGGUAAUUAGUAGCCAAAGCAAGGCCAUUCUUAGGAUUAAGGAGGUGUUCCUUAACUUGCAAUCAGAUGUCUCGGCCUUCUUCUUCAAAUACCAUUUCUACGAUGUCAGAAUAACAAAGGAUGAAGUUGUUCUACGGCUGGUAGCUGGGUUAAGGAAACGUGGCUACACCAAGAAAGAGCUUGCUGCGCUCACGCUACUGAAUGGUGACCAAAGACAUGAGGACCGUCGAACUGAUACUCACAAAACAUAUCGUGAUAGCGACAAAUGCUUUCAUAAUGAUAGGAGCAAAUCCUGGAAAGGGCAAACAUCGAUAAAAGAUUCUCAAAAAUCAGAAGGUAGAAACGACAUCGGAAACGGGCAAGUACCAUCAAAGACUGAAAAAGGAACAGCAGAACCAGGAGAUGGACACGUAAAAGAAAGACUAAUGAGCUUAGAAUCACAUAGGGAUUCACAUGGGAAAGUUGAUGAAAGCCAUUUCUUCCCCCAUGGUCAGCCCAAAACUGAUAGUGGUGACACUGAGCCAGACAAUGCCACUCCAAUGGAUUCUCUCUCUAGCGAUAAUCGUGAUUCCCUGGAUAUGUCUGGCAAUCAGGGCCAACCUGAUGAUGCCACUCAUUUACCAGAUAGGACUGAUCCAGAGGGAAGUGGCAGUUGUCCAAGUGAUGAUGUUUCAGAUGACAUGAGUGAUGAUGGAAGUGAAAAUGAAGAAUCUGAUGAGCUUGACUUUAAUAAUGACUACCCUGGCAUCCGCAGAGUACCUGAAGGUCAUGCAGACCAUGGUGGAAGGGCUGCUAUGGGAACAUUCAGGGGUGGACAAUCACUAACAGAUAGACAUAAAACAGUUGUAAACUAUUGGAAUAUAGACCUUGGAGAAAAUGGUGAAAAGUGCUUGUGUUCUGCCUUGAAAGACUGUGAUAGUCAGGAGAGCCUUGCUCCUAGCACCAUGUUCCUAUUGGACUUGUCUAAGAGCAUGCACCAGAGUGGCAGGAUUACGCAAAUGAAGGAAGCAGUCAGAAACGUACUGCAAGAGGCCGCAAGUAAGAACCUUGGAAGUCAGAUGUCAGAGACAUAUGGUGUGGCAGUGUUUGGGCACCGCACAGAAAUUCUACAGUAUCCUACCAAUGAUCUACAUGAGGUUCAGAAUGUACUAGACUUGGACAGAUUUGAGGAGCCAGCAGGUCGCUCUCCACUUGGUCUUGGACUAAUUCUCAGUACCUGUGUGUGGUUUUCAGAAAAAGGCACAGGUGGCACGGUCUGGUUACACGGGAGAAAGGUCAAACCUCGUAUCGUGGUAAUUACUGACCUUGAAUUGAAUGAAACAGCAAGUGGAGCUUGGGGAAUGGCUGGAGACCAAGAUAUAUUUGCAUCAGGAUCUGCCAAGACCAUUGAGGUGAAGAAUGAGCUGAUAAAAAUAGCUUUGAAGCUUAAAAAGUUGGGAAUUCCUGUGUUUCUUAUGUCAGUUGGAGACACAGCACAUACUCGUCGCCAUUUUGAACCGGUCAUUGAAAUGACAGGAGGAAAACUAUUAGAUAUUAAAUUUGGGGGACAGCUUGGCCGACAGACGUGGCAACAGAUCUUAGCCUGUAACAUUCUGAAACAGCUUGCUAAUGAAUGGGACCAAAUGUCUCCAGAAGACUUCCAGAAUAUUAUCAGGACCUUCACAGGAGAUGAUCCCGAUGACAUGGAUGUUAUUCGAAGGAUAAUGACGGAAAGGACGGAAAGAGAGAAAAAAGAAGAAGAAAUUAAGUCACUCCUUAAUCUGACGGGGGAACCUGGUGAACAGCUUUGGAAUAAUUUCCCUCUUGGUGAUCGAGUAAAGGAUUUACUUAAUACGGAUCAAACAGGCACUGUUGUUGGUCAUUUACCAGAUAAAAAUGCUUUAGUACAGUGGGAUGAUAAACCAACUGGUCAGCUUGAAAGCCGUUUCAUGACCUAUCUGAUAAGAGGUACCCCAAGAGAUUGCCGUGAAUAUCAUGGCGAGACACAUUUGGUGGGGUCAAGUGUCAGAAAAAUAACUCAUGUUAACAGGACAGAUGAACAUCAGGCGCCGAUUAAAUUUGAUACAGAUGUUGGCACUGUGGUGACUUUGUCUGCACUACAGCCAAAUAUAAUUUAUGUUGCUUGGAACAGUAACAAGAUAUGCAGACACUCAAGUUUUGAUAUCUGCAGGUUUCCAGAGAAAGAUGCCAAUUACCAGUAUGACUGGUAUUGGUUGUUUUGUGACAGUGGACAAUGGCAGCCAUUUCCUUUGGCUAUGUCAAGAACUAUAGAAAUGAGAAGAGAAGCAAAUCAGAGGACUAUAUUGAUAGAAAAUCUUGGUGGGAAAAGAUACAGAUUGAUGUUCUCAAAGAAUGAGAUGAGAUGUAUAGAAAGCUGUACUAAUUAUCCUGUUUUCCGACAAGCUAUAAAUCCGCCAUGAGACCAGACCAAAGCUUGUUGGGAUGUGAGAAUACUGAAGCUGUGAAGGUGAUUGACUGUUAUUGGGCACAUAACCUGUUGUGUUUACAAAUACUGGAAACAUUGUCGGAAUUCUUGCCAGAAAUGAUUCACUAGUUUUGAGGUUACCUGUACUUAUCUAUAGGAAGCAUAAAGAUUCUGCUCAAAAGACAGAAAUUGACAAGGACUGCUGGCUAUGUGAACUUACAUAUUUCUCUGCUAAUGAUAACCCAACCGCUGCUUCGGUUAGGCACUGAUGACAUGGAGCUCUGGAGCCUUCUGUUGUCAGCAUCGUCAGGUGGAUUCCAACCAUCAUCGGCCGUUUCGACCCCUAUUCCACGACGUCCUCUGGUUGGCGGGUCAGCAGUGGUGAUCAAUCACUGCUUGCUGUUGUCUGGGCUCCAGUUUGGCUCAUCUCGUCUACACCAUAGCCAGCAUGAUGCUCUCUCAGCCCUUUCAGCCAAGGUCUUAAUAGCUGCUUUCCUCUUUGCUCCUGUCAGUCCCAAUUUCUGGAACAUCUUCCAUACUGACUGCAGGGAAUCCUCUGGCACCGACCUCUACUGGAAACAGCCAUGUGUUCCAUCCCUUAUGUCUGCACAGCUCUGCAAGCUCUUGGUAUUUGCCAGCUUUCUUCUCAUGUGCCUCAUCACACCCUUCUUCCCAUGGAACCGUCAGCUCCACCAAGAUGACCUUCUGGCGCUGUUGUGACCAUAUCACAAUGUCUGGUCUCAGAGUGGUUUGCACUACAUCAGGAAAGACGAGACGCUUGUUGAGGUCUACUCUCAUUUCCCAGGAUGGUGCUUGGCUGAGUACAUUCACAUGAUAUGCAGUAGUAGUUGGUGGUCCCUUCUCUCCAGCUCUCACAAAGUGUGUGUGAGGUUUAUGAGGUUCUAUCAGUGACGCCGCUCCUUUUCCAGAAUAUCUGCUAGGGCAGCUAGAACCUGGUCAUGACGCCAUCUGUACCGUCCUUGCUGGAGGGCUAUUCUACAGCCUGAUAGGAUAUGUGCAAGUGUGCCUCUUCCACCGCACAAGGAACAAGCUGGAUCUUCCAGAAGACCCCACUACACAAGUUGCUUGGAGUUGGCAGUGUGUCAUACACAGACCUGAGCAUGAAGGAUAUCCUGAGAGGUUCCAUUUUCCACAAGUCUGUCCAUGUAAUCUUGCGUUCCGGAAGAUUCCACAGCAUCCAUGAUCCUUGCUGUCCUAACUCAACUGAUCUACUUUUGCGCUGCUGUUCCUCCUCUGAUCUCACCACAGAUACAAUUCUGUCUCUCUUUUCCUUUCCUUCUGCUAUAUAGAUACUGCUACCUUCAUUGUUACACUAACUGUAUAUAUCAAAGUAGAAGAAAGAGCACAACAGCUGAGGCCAGGUGUGGUGAUACUGUGAUUGAGCCAGGUGUGGCGAUACUGUGACUGAGGCCAGGUGUGGCAAUACUGUUACUGAGGCCAGGUGUGGUGAUACUGUUACUGAGGCCAGGUGUGGUGAUACUGUGACUGAGGCCAGGUGUGGUGAUUUUGUGACUGAGGCCAGGUGUGGCGAUACUGUUACCGAGGCCAGGUGUGGCGAUACUGUGACCGAGGCCAGGUGUGGCGAUACUGUGACCGAGGCCAGGUGUGGCGAUACUGUGACCGAGGCCAGGUGUGGCGAUACUGUGACUGAGGCCAGGUGUGGCGAUACUGUGACUGAGGCCAGGUGUGGCGAUACUGUUACUGAGGCCAGGUGUGGUGAUACUGUGACCGAGGCCAGGUGUGGCGAUACUGUGACCGAGGCCAGGUGUGGCAAUACUGUUACUGAGGCCAGGUGUGGUGAUACUGUGACUGAGGCCAGGUGUGGCGAUACUGUGACCGAGGCCAGGUGUGGUGAUACUGUUACUGAGGCCAAGUGUGGUGAUACUGUUACUGAGGCCAGGUGUGGUGAUUUUGUGACUGAGGCCAGGUGUGGCAAUACUGUGACUGAGGCCAGGUGUGGCGAUACUGUGACUGAGGCCAGGUGUGGCGAUACUGUGACUGAGGCCAGGUGUGGCGAUACUGUUACUGAGGCCAGGUGUGGCGAUACUGUGACUGAGGCCAGGUGUGGCGAUACUGUGACUGAGGCCAGGUGUGGCGAUACUGUUACUGAGGCCAGGUGUGGCGAUACUGUGACUGAGGCCAGGUGUGGUGAUACUGUUACUGAGGCCAGGUGUGGUGAUACUGUGACUGAGGCCAGGUGUGGCGAUACUGUGACUGAGGCCAGGUGUGGUGAUACUGUGACUGAGGCCAGGUGUGGCGAUACUGUGACUGAAGCCAGGUGUGGCGAUACUGUGACCGAGGCCAGGUGUGGCGAUACUGUUACUGAGGCCAGGUGUGGUGAUACUGUGACUGAGGCCAGGUUCUAAAUGUUCAGUAAGGAUAUGACCCUAAGAAGGAAAUGUCCUUGCAUCAGAUAGUUCCAUAGGAUAUCCUGAGAAUGAGUAUGGUUGGUAAUGUGAGGAAUCGGGCACUUUUCACUUUUUAACAUUAUCACUUAUCAUUGUUCUUAUCAUGUCUUUUUAUGCUUAUGUUUGAUCUAUUUGAAGAGCGCCCUGCAUACCUUUGGUAUCCACUGGGACCUAGAAAAUUAACUUUUCCUUAUCUACACCAUAAUGGAUGUUAGUUCUUGGGGGUUUUCCCCUCUUAUUUAUUUAACUGUAUAUAUAUGUAUAGUGAAGAGAUUAUAUUGUUUUGUAUAAACAGUUUAUAUUGUCAUGUUCAUACAUAUUGAAACUUAUUUUUUUAUCAGUUGGACCAGAAUAUUCAAAAUAUUUGCAAGCUUGUUUCAUUGGUUACAGCCUUAAAGAGGUCAAAGGCCUUAUAUACCACAGGUUCUCUCAAUGUGAUAUUGUUGUGAUGAUGCCAUUGUGUUUAUGAUAUUGUUACUGUGUAAUGUUGUACACAGUGUAUGCGAAAAUGUGAUGAAAAUGAAUAUACUAAUGGUUGACAUUUGAUGUUCUCAAGAUAGAUCUGUGAUACUUUGGUGUAGCAGGGAUAAUUCUGGGUGGUAACUUUGUGGGAUGAUUUCAGGAUUUUGGAGAAAUUGGGUGGAAUUCUCCUAUAUAUUAGAAGCGUUUGAAAAAUUUCAUUGAAAUUUUCAGUAAAAACAUUGAUAAAAAAUCCCUAAAUGUUGCCCCAGAGUAAUUCCUGUGUAAGCUAGUUGUUAAGAUUUACAUUUUAGUAAAUCCUUUUUGUUUGUAAUUGCUGUAAGUUGUUUGAAGGUGCUUAAGGGUGUAAUACUCAAUAAUUCUGUUACUUUGUUAAUAUUGUGUACUUACUAUAUAUAUAUUUAGAAUAAUGUUUCACAUCCGCCUGCAAGCAAGAAUAUAAAUCAGGCAGAAUUUUGAAGAAUUUUUUAUUAACAUGAAACUACAUCAAAAUUACCAAAUCAUAAUUGUAAAUUUUUUUGAUGUUUUGUGUACAUUGUUUUGCAUAGAUAAAAUUAAUCUCUUUACAUGUG